CGAUAGAUAGUCAAUAUUUUUAUAUAACGGUUAAAUUAUUGCUUUACCUCUGCAAUAUUCUUAAAUGCGAUAAAAAAACCUAAAUUUAUUACUGUGCAUAUACAUCUGAUUUAUUUUUUAAUAAUUUUCGGUACGCGUUUGAAUACACAUGAGUACAUAUUUAUGCGUAUAUGAUAUACGUAGCCUUCACAGUGAAAGCAUAACCUUAACAGUGAAAGCAUAACCUAAAAAAAAUAUGAGCCGGACAAAUUUCCGUAUUAAACUCGAUUUGUGUAAAUACCAUAAAGAUCUGCAUCGCUUUUGUUGGAUUUUUAUUGACUCGACUAAAAUGAUAAAUAUAAAGGAUGUAAAAACACAUAUUAAUGUACUGUUCCACAUUAAUGAGCCAUUUGAUUUGUUUCUAAACGAAGUUGAAUAUUUACCACCUAACGAGGACGUACGGAUUUUGAAGGAGAAUGAAACGGUUUUGGUUUUACCUAAGACUCGACUAAGCAAUAUUCAACUAAGCAGUACUCAACUGAUAAAUCAGCUUCAUUUAGCCGUCAGCAACCCAGUUUCACCAAUAGACGCAGGUAAACAAGAUCCAGAAAGUAAUCAUGCAAAUUCAAAACGAAUUGGACCAACAGCGAUAAAUUCUCCUGCUGCAAAGUCAAGCCCUAUGCAACAGGAAUUUCCUACUGAUAUAACAGACAAAUUGCAAAAUUCUAAAGAAAGUACAGAUGCAGAAAUUCCUUAUGUAUAUGCAAGGAGAAAACGUGCACGAAAACGGAAAAGCUCGAAACCUGAACAGCUACUGCUAAACGAAGGAGACAGAUCUAGUAAAGCCUAUGUUAUAAAUGCUAAAGUUGUCCCUCUUGGUAAACAUAUUCGUUUUGAUAACAUAGAUGACGAAAUUUGUCUAGAAAAUCCAGUUACAUGUCCAGAAACGAUAAGAGGAGUCCAUACUACUGUAUCACCUGUUCAUGAACUUACAAAUUUAUUAUCAAUGGUUAAUAAUUCUACUCCACCUACCUUUGAGAACAACAGGGUAAAGAACACGGUGAAUGCAAAGCAUCAAAGCAAUGAAGUAAAUGGAGUCAACGCAAAUGUUAGCGCAAGUAUAGCUUCAAUUAUGGUAUUGGGAGAAUCAAAAGAGUUUGUGAAUACAGAUCUUGAAACAUAUCCAGUCAUGACAACAAAACCAAAAAUUAAUGAUAUUAUAGCAUUUAAGAUGCUCAAGAUUGGCUCAGAUUUUACACCACAAGUAUCAAACUUUAUUGUUGCAGAAGUUGUUUCUUGUAGUCCAGAUAAAUCACUAUACAUCUUUAAAGUAUUACAAGGCUUGUCAGAAGUGCAAGUGCCAGUUGGAAAACUUAACUGUAUGGAUGAGUCAGAGGAACAUGUGAUGAACAAUACAAUUAAAUUAAAUUAUGCACAAAUAAUGAAACCUAGACUAGUAUCUGUAUCAAGCACUAAACAUUCGUUUUCGAUGACUUCCUGAUCACUUAGUUAAUUUCAUACACUUUUUUAUAUAUUUUAAAUUAAAUAUUUUUGUGAGUAAAAGUAAAUAUGUUAAGUAAAAUUAAAUAUGUCAAAUAAAAUUAAAUAUGUUAAAUAGAAUUAAA